AUGUCGAAUCAAGGAUACUAUCAACAAGGACCUCCGCCGCAACAACAACAAUACGGCCAGCAGCCUCAAUACGGCGGAGGACCUCAACAAGGAUACGCCGCUCCGCAAUACCCCCAACAAUCGUACGGCGGACCCCCCCAAGGUCAAUACCAAGGCGGUUACCAACAAGGCCCUCCAAUGCAACAACACCCAAGCAGAAAGGUGGUGCGUGCGGAGGAGGCUGUCUCGGCGUCUGUCUCGCCACCUUGUGCUGUUGCUGCGUUGCCGAAGAAGGGUGCGAGAUGUGCGCCGAGUGCGCUGAGUGCUGCUGCUAGAGAGCAAAACUACCAGACCAGACCAGACCAGACCGGACCGGACCAGACCAGGCCAACCGAAUGGAUGGAAAGCGGCGCGAAAUAA